GACUGAGCGCAGCACAGCAGUGUGUACGCCACAUCUCGUAGGGAGGAGGAGCCGCAGUAGACCCCCCUCCCCCGCCUCUUCUCCCGGUAGUGCAGUCCGGCAAUGGCGCUGCCCUGUGUGAGCCGGCUCCAGGCUCUGCGGCUCUCCUCCAGGACCCCGCUGUUCAGGUGCCUGUGUAGAUCCAGCAGCCAUCAAGCAGCAGAUGUUAAAGCCAUUGACGAGAUAGACAUUCCCCGGAAGAAGACCUGGGACAAGACAGCCGUAUUGCAGGCUCUCGCCUACACAGUGAACCAUGAUCCAACAUCUGCCGCGUAUAUUUUUCAAGAUGACCCUUUCCUCCUUCCAAAAUCCUACAUCGACUGUAACAUAUUUUCCAUGUCCAAAGAAUCGGGGAAAAAUGCAGCAAAGUACAUCCUGAACAUGUACCCCAACCUCUUCCAGAAUGACAUCGCCGAGCCCCACAUUCCAUGCCUGAUGCCUGAGGACACCCAGACACUGAUUGAAGGUGUCAGUGAGGAAGCCCUAAAUGAACGCAUCAAGCUUAGAAGAGUUAAAGAAUCCGUGGAGAUGUACGACAAUCUUCUUCAAAGCGGAACAACACCUUCUUUGGAGACCACAAACAGACUUCUAGAUCUUCUGUGCUUCUAUGGGGAUAGAGAUCCCUUAUCGAGUGAACAGAAGCUGGAGGAUGAGGAGAGGGAGGAGAAUGGAAAUGAGACCAAUAAGAAGAAAGGCGAUUCCAGAAACACUCCUGCUCUACCAACUUGGAGAGAGAACAACAACGCCGAGAGGAUUUUCAGCCUGAUGCCGGAAAGGAACGCUCACUCUUACCGUACCAUGAUCCGGGGAAUGGUGAAGCACGGGGCCUUCGCCAAGGCGUUCAGCAUGUACACAGACCUUCUAAACAACAGGCUUACUGGAGACGUGUACACUUUCAAUGCGCUGAUAAUGGCUGCUCCUCAUGUCAAGAAAGAAAUCAAGGCCAAGUCUACUCUUAUUUUGGACAUGUUACAUCACAUGGUUCAGCAAAAGGUUCAACCAAACAUACUGACUUUCAACGCCGCCCUAAAGAGCUUGCAGAAGAUCGGGCGUGUCAUGAAGUCAGUGGCGCUGAGAACAUAUACGGAGAUGAAAGCACUCAAUAUAGAACCGAGUCUUGCAACAUAUACUCAUUUGCUGGGAGUUUUCUAUUCUUAUGGUGACGCAACAGGACAGGCUCAAAUUUUGUCUGAAAUCCUGGAGGAGACGGCGGGGAAGAGCUUCACAGCCCAAGAUCCGGAUGAUGUGUACUUUUUCCUUGACGCCAUGAAAAUCUGCGUAGAAGCAAAGGAUCUGGAAUUGGCAUAUAAAGUGCAUGCGCUGCAAACUACUGAAGAGAACUGGAAACUGCUGGGGAAGCACAUCAUGCAGAUUACAUACUACGAUAGGCUAUUUAACAUCAUCUGUCUGAUGGAAAGUUUUGACGCCGUCAUGAAAUGGUACCGGGAGCUGGUCCCUUCGCGGCUUUAUCCCAGUAUAGGCGGAUUUGUCAAUCUCCUGCGGGUACUGGAGAUGGAGAACCGCUUAGAUCUCUUACCUCAGAUCUGGAAAGAUGUCAAGCUGGUGGGGCACAACAACAAGGUGGUUCUGGUUGAAGAGUUCCUUAACCUGAUGGUGAAAGACAAAAUGGAAUCUCAGCUGCAGGCGGCGUUUGCUGAUGUCACUGUGGACAUGAAAUCAACGUUUGACACUCGAGAUCAGCUAAAGCAUCUGUUGAAGGUGCAUGCACUGGGCAAUAUGGCCAUACUGCUGUCCAGAGACGGGAGGCUGGAGGAAGCUUGGAACAUACUGAAGACCUUCAAAGAGAAGAAUCUGGUUCCACGGCUGGCUGUAAUCGAGGAACUAUUGGACAGCGCUAAAGCUACAGGCAGAACAAGUGCAGCCAUAGAUCUAGUGCAGCUGGCAGUAAGCUUCAGUUUGCCAAACACAGCGGAGAUUGCCCAGCGCGUUCUGGAUGAGUUCACUGUGUCUGAGGAACAAAGGAUCGCUCUACAAGACCUGACAAAUAGCAGCAGUAGUAGUAGUAGUAGUAGCAGUGACAGUGACCGGGAGUAAGGCUAUACCUGUACAUUGGCGGCUGUACACGUCUGGCUCUGGAUACACUCAUUUUCACAAAAAAGCUGUAGAAGUCUGCUGCUGUUAUGAACAGAGACAUUUCAUUACUUGUGAAUAUACAUUGUUUGUUUUCAACAUAUAUUUUGAGCACUCGGCAUCCAGUGAGAUGAACCUAUAAUAAAAAGUGUUUUCUGGUU